ACUAACGGUCGAGAUAUCGUGACACUUGCACCAGAAGGACACUGGAGACGCUCUGCACGGAGACAACGUCCACUAGCUUUGAAGGGUUCGGUGCUUCAGAGUGACAUACCUCCCUGGAAACAUGAAGGCACGCAUCGAAGAUCGUGUCAUCUACUCACCAUACCCUCACAUCGACAUCCCAGUGUGCUCCUUUUAUGCCUUGGCAAAAGAGAAGUUGCUGAUUAACCCCAACAAGAUAGCGCUGGUGGGCGACGAACUCAGCCUCACACGUGCCGAGGUUCUGGCUAGCAUGCAGCGCUACGCUGUCGGUUUCAGGCAGAACGGCAUGCUUCCUGGCGACCAUGUCUGCAUUCACAUGAACAACAGCGUGGAAAAUCUGAUAGCCAUAUACGGCUGUAUCCUAGCGGGCGGGACGGUUUUCCUGGCCUAUGCCUUGCUCACCGAAGAUGAGCUGCGCAACGAAGUGCAAGACGGUGACUGCACACACGUCGUUACCGACGAGGAGAAUGCAGUGAAGGUUAGGAAAGCUCUUGCGGGCUUAAAACUGAAGGGACGAUUCUGCGUGGGACAAGCAGCCGACUUCGUCUCUACCUCCGAAUUUUUGAAGAUCGAUGAAAAAGAGUUCCGCGAGUGCCCUGUCGCCGAUCCCCAAAACAAUGUUCUUGCUGUGUGCUACACGUCAGGAACCACAGGCUUGCCCAAGGGCGCUGAGAUGACUCACUACAGUUACGUGGCAUGCUUCUACGCAUCCAGGAUACACGUGCCCUGGGGAGAACAAGAUAUAUUUUUUGGCUUCAACACUAUCACCCACAUGGUUGGUAUGUUGUGCGACAUGAUGGCUGUCCUUUAUGGUGGAACUUGUGCUGUUGUGCCGACGACCAUGGCUCCUCUGGAAAUCAUGGACGCUGUCGACAAACACAAGGCGACGGCAACACAGAUGUUCCCAAGCAUACUCCAAUCUCUGGUACGCGAAAUGCGGCGUACUGGCAGAACGCUGCCCAGUAUGCGGGGCAUCGCCGUGGGCGGCAGCUUCCUUUCGACACUAGUGUCCGAAGAAACUUGUAAAGCGUUCGGUGGUCUUAAGCUCCUGGUCCAAGUCUACGGCAUGACCGAAGCAUGCCGCCUUAUUACUUCUCAGCCGAAAAAGAAAGAGCUCAGCAUCAGCGCUGACGUGGGCUUCCCUACUACGAAUGUUGCAAUAAAGGUGAUUGAUGUGCUCACGCGUGAGAAGCUCGGUCCCCACGAAACAGGCGAGGUCUGCUAUCGCGUAGAGUCGAGGAUGAGAGGAUACUACAAACGACCCAAAGAAACCGCGGAUGUCAUCGAAGCGGACGGUUGGAGCAGAUCAGGUGACCUAGGUUACUACGACGAAGACGGUCGGCUCUAUAUCGUGGAGCGCCUUAAGCAGGUGAUCAAGUGCACGGACAAACCCGUCACUCCCGGCGAACUGGAAGAGUUUCUUCUGCGCCAAUAUGCGUCUGAUAUCGCCGAGGUGUCAGUAGUGGGACUGCCACAUCCCGACUACGGAGAGGCACCCGCGGCUGCAGUGGUGCUCACGGACGAGGGCCGUAGGAGGGACUCAGACCUGCUCGCCAAAAGGAUUAAAGCAACAGUAGCGAGUAGCCUUGCUUUUUACAAGCACCUACACGGCGGUGUCUUCUUCAUGGAUUCACUACCAAAGACGGACACCGGGAAAGUCAGCAGAGGCACUUUGGCUCGCUAUCUGGCACGACUCGAGUAACCACAUGGCGAUCUACCUU